AUGAGACGGGAACAGUACAGAAAUUCUCAUAAGAUAACCGCUGUUGCAAAGGCACUAAGAGGAGCUGCUGAAGGAAAGGCCUUGGCUCAAGCCGAUGCUGCUGAAUGGAAGGGAAGAUAUGAAUUGGAGAAGUCGAGGAACCUCAAGUUGCAGCAUAAAGAAUGUCAGAAUCGUCAAAUGGAGUAUCUGCCGAGGAAUUCAUCAAUGACAAUCUCCUCUCCUACUCAAGCCCAUCAAGUGUUCUUGAAUUACCGAGGAGAGCAACUCCGACACAAUUUCAUUAGCCACCUCAUUGAUGCCUUCGAGAGGCACGAUAUCAACUUCGUCGUAGAUAAGUACGAGCAGAGAGGCAAUGAUCUCAAAAAUCUCUUUGUAAGAAUCGAAGAGUCGAGGAUCGCGCUGGCUAUCUUCUCUACAAGGUAUGCGGAAUCGAGGUGGUGCAUGGAUGAGUUGGUGAAGAUGAAGAAACUUGUGGAUCAAGAAAAGCUCCGAGUCAUUCCUAUCUUUUACAAGGUCAAGGCACAAGACGUGAGAGGACAAGAAGGUGAGUUUGGUAAAAACUUCUGGAAGCUUGCAAGAAAGCCCUCUUCUAGUGGAGAUGAUAUCAAGAAUUGGAAGGAAGCUUUAGAGUGUAUCUCCGACAAGAUGGGUUUGUCUUUAAGAGACAAGAGGUAG